AUGCUGAUUGCGUGUCUAUUGUUGGUGCUGUUUUCCCUCUCAUUCACGGCUGUUAAUAAUUGCGCUCCUGCUGCUGUUGAUGCUGUUCCUCUUGCUGCACCUGAUGAUGCUGUUCCUCUUGCUGCACCUGAUGAUGCUGUUCCUCUUGCUGCACCUGAUGAUGCUGUUCCUCUUGCUGCACCUGAUGAUGCUGUUCCUCUUGCUGCACCUGAUGAUGCUGUUCCUCUUGCUGCACCUGAUGAUGCUGUUCCUCUUGCUGCACCUGAUGAUGCUGUUCCUCUUGCUGCACCUGAUGAUGCUGUUCCUCUUGCUGCACCUGAUGAUGCUGUUCCUCUUGCUGCACCUGAUGAUGCUGUUCCUCUUGCUGCACCUGAUGAUGCUGUUCCUCUUGCUGCACCUGAUGAUGCUGUUCCUGCUGCGGUGUUGCUUCUGACAACUACUGCUGCACGCGGUGGCUUACUGACUGACUGA